AUGACAGAUGGGCCCAAUAUCGUUGGAAAGGAGACAAAUUUCGGAGUAUACACUGGGGAGCAAGAAUACUCCAUUCCUACGGAAGGAGGAAAGAAAAGAAGCAGACUUGCACCAAAAUUGAAGGAGAAGUCACCGCGGCAGGAAGAUUCGGCCAUGGUGGUGGAUUCCCGUCAGAACCGCGGUCAGGAUCUUGGGCAACAGUCAAUGGAACCUCCAGAUUCGUAG